AUGAGUGGAAAUUUGGUUGAAGACGUAUUGAAAGAUUUACAAAUUCAAAUUAAUGAGGAUGCCGAGAAACUGUUAGAACCCUAUAGAGAAGACUACGAUGAAUAUUCAGUCAAGUUUUUAAAGCUUUUGCUUUCGGUGGAUUUAUCAAAAAUUAUAAAGAGGGGCAGUCUACCUUUGGAGAUACAUUCAAUGCACAAAGUUAACAUAAAGGGAGUUCAUUUGUUGCAACUAUUAGAGGCCGAAGAUGUUUCUAAGGCCAAGUAUAAGAAUCGUUUUUAUUUUAACUCAGAUUUAGCUAAGAUGAACGGGAUCUCAAUUACUCCUCCCUCGAAAAAUAGGAUGAUGAAACUCAUUUUUACAGAUGGAACGAACGUAUGCUCAGCAAUGGAAUUCAGAUACUUACCUGAAUUAGACGAGUUUAUAAAAUUUUGGUGCCAAUAUAGAGGAGAUAUUGAAAAUAAUGCUCCUUCAGAUACCAAGGACAAUAGUGCCCAUAUAUUGGUUUUUUUGUCAGGUGAACCUGAAAUCAAGAGAGGCGUAAUACUUUUAUUACCUGGGAUGCUUACUUUUAUCAUGCAUAAAGAUGCUGAAAAAAAACUUAAUUACCAAGUAAAAGAUUACAAUGAAAAUAUAGGAGGAAAACCUAUAGGUGGUUCCAGCUCAUCUAUUUUAUCCGCGAAACCUAGCAGAAAACAAAUAAAGGCUUCUCAGGAGAACUUAGAUAUUAGAUCUUAUUCUAAUUUUGUGAUAUCAAAUACUAAUUCAAAGGAAAAAAAGGAUGAUCAGGCAUCUAAAGAGAAUUAUGAAAUUAUUUCGGACCAAAAAAUACAGAAAUUUAAUUCGGAUUUCUUUUUUAGCAGCUCCUUAAAAGAAGAUGAACUUUUAUUACAGAAGUUAGAAAUAAAAGAUGAGUGUUUUGACCAACCUGCUGACUCUAACUCUGAUUCUUCCUCUGUUGUUGAGGUUAUUUCUAAGUAUAUUGAAGAUAAAGAUAACGAAAUUUUAGAUAACGGUACAGUCAGUGGUUUACAAGACUUUGACUAUUUUGAUAGCUUUGAUAACUACGCUGAUGUUGAGAUUAGGGAGGAUUUAGAGUGUCAGGAUGAAAAUUAUGGGGAUUUAAAUAGCAUUUAUUCUAAAGUGAAUUAUAAUAGUGAUUUUAAUGCAACAAAACCUCUACCAGCCUUACAAGCUCAUUCAGAAUUUGUGGAUGAUCUAGAUCUUCCACAAAAUGAGUUGGUUAUUUGGGUUGAAGCUGCUGUACUUAACUCCAAAAGGAGUCAAGAUAAUGACGAGAUAUUCCUUGAACUCGGAAUACAUUACCCCGCUCCUCUACCUAAGCCUUGGAAUGAAUUACUAUUGAGGGAUGUAUGUUUAACCAGAAAAGUAGCUGAAAAAAUACUGUCUAUAGAAAACGUUGAAAAAUCUUCUGAAGAACUAAAUCCAAACUUGAGUAUGGAUGAUCUAUUAUUAUAUGUUCGUUUUAUACAAGGAAACAUGUGUUUAAACGUAUCUUUUGAUUCAAACAAUAAAGAUCUUAUAAGAGCAAAUUUGAUAGGAUUUGUUCCUACUUAA